UCUUACGUUUGCUAUGCUAAUUGGUAGUCCGUUGUGCUCGGCCCAUCAGCAACAUAUACAAUUAAUUACUGACGGGGUGAACGAAUAUUGUGACAAGCGAGAAUUAGGAACAGCAACCAUCACAGAAGUAGAAGAAGCAAUAGUGAAAGCAAUCGAGGAAGAACUAGGAGAAAUUAACAAAGAUGCUGCAAUAAAGACACAGCAAUUAAAAUAUGUGAUGGAUGAGGUCGAAAGAAACAUAAAACGCUCACGACGGGCCAUAUCUGACGCAGUGAGUGAUCUUACGAACGCGAAGAAGCAAUUGCAAAGUCUUCUUGUAUCACCUGGUGGUUGGUAUGAAACAAAAUGCGGUGUUUUGUACAAGUUGUUUAAAACAAAUGUGACUUAUGAUGCAGCAAGAGAAGAAUGUGAAAAAAUGGGGGCAACACUUGCAUACGGUCUGAAUAGUUCUGGAUUAAAAAGCGAACUGGUAGCAAAUGUCGUAUCAUCUGGUGGCUUCAAUACUUGGGUGGAAAGACUUGGACCGGAUCCAUGUGGAUGGUUAGAUAGUUCUGAUAACUGGUCUAUUAACGACCAUAAUUGCACGGAAAAGUUCUAUUAUCUUUGUCAAAUGGAAGAAUGAGAAGAUUGAAAACGAUACCUUUGCUGAAUGCUAGGCUGCUUAAUAGGAAAGUUACGAAGCAAUGAGGAAUAUUAGUUGUGCAAUGUUACCUCAUAUUUUAGAAUUUGCAUUCCCAUAACAAAGUCUAAUUUUAGUAUUGUUAUUUUACCCAUUUUAAUACUUUUAAUUGGUUCCAAUUCCAAUACAAUGGAUACACAUAUUUUAAUAAAACUAUUAUGUCAACUCUAAGCUAACUAUAACAGUGUGAGCAUUAUGUGAGCUCUUUUAUACACCUUAAAAACUACAGUGUAUAACUAUUGACUUUCAAAAUCAACAAAUUUUUUGAUAUUGCCAAAUGAAUACUUCAGGUUGGUAUGUGGUAUUAUUUUAUCUGUUGAAAACAAGUAACCCUAAAUCGUUUUCGCUCAUUAUAGUCUGGACCUGUAUUAAUAAAAUUAUAUGAUCAAGUAUAAAAAAUAAUA